CUAAAACCCUAACCCAAAACCCAAACCCUCUCUUCUUCUUCUUCCUCGUUCCGCCAAAUACAGAACACAAACCUCUUCCAGCCAUGGCGAUCUCUGCCGAAGCUGGUUCAGAAGCACUGCAUCGUCUGAAAGCAACGGACCCUCCCCAAUGGCUGGCACCGAGCGCCACGCUCUCCCAGACGGCUCGGGAGGCGUCGCAGAACCUAUUCUCCUCCCUCCGGCCGUACACUCCAAAAUCUCCUUUUGAUAAGCUGUUAGUCGAGGGCUUCGACGCAGAGCAGAUAUGGCAACAAAUAGACCUCCAAUCACAGCCUCUUAUUUCGAGCAUUCGCCGAGAAUUAAAGCGGUUCGAGAAAGAUCCGGAAGAGAUUAAGAAGCUGAAGCUUGUUGUAGAAGGUGAGGAGAAUGGUUUGGAAGAUGGGAGAGAGAAAUUGGAGGAUGAAAGCGAUGAAUUUGAUGAAGACUUAGAUGGGAUUGAUGAGGAGCUGGAGGAGGAUGAGGAUGAAGAUGAAGAAGAAGAAGAAGAGAGCGGAGAUGAGGAUGAGGAUGAGAAAGAGAAAGAUGAAGAGGAAGAUAACAGUGGCGGUGAGUUUGAAGAUGAGUUUCUUAAAAUAAAGGACUUGGAAGAGUUUAUGGAGGAUGAUGAGGCGAGGGAAUAUGGGUUAAAUAAGAAAGACAAGAAGAAAAAGAAGAAAGUUGAUGAAGAUAGUGAAGAAGAAGACGAAGAAAAAGAAGAAGAAGAUGAUGAUAGUGAUGAGAUUGGAGAUUUUGGGCUUGACGAUGAUGAUGAAGAUGGAGAAACUGAUAAGUUGGAAGGUGCAAGAUAUGAAGACUUCUUUGUUGGCAAAAAGAAAAACCGUUCUAAAAGAAAAUCUAAAUUUGGUGACCGUGAUGAUGAUGAAGGAAAUUUUGGCACAAAUGAUGAUGGAUCGCAAAAUGAGAAAACUCUUUCUACACAUGAAAAGGAGCUUGAGAAGCUUAAAUCGAAAAUAGAGCUGAUGGAAAAAGCGAACUUGGAGCCAAAAACUUGGACCAUGCAGGGAGAGGUCUCUGCUGCAAAAAGACCAAAGAAUAGUGCUUUAGAAGUUGACCUAGAUUUUGAGCAUAAUGUGAGACCUCCUCCUGUAAUAACUGAGGAAGUUACAGCUUCACUUGAAGAGAUGAUCAAAAAGAGAAUUCUCGAAGGGCAUUUUGAUGAUGUUGAAAAGCCACUGCCUUUACCCUCGAAAGCACCAAGAGAAAAAAAGGAGCUGGAUGAGAAUAAGAGCAAAAAGGGUCUGGCUGAAAUUUAUGAGGAGGAGUAUGUUCAGAAAACAAAUGUUGCCUCCACACUGCCAUUUGUAGAAGAGGAGAAGCAAGAGGCAAGCAUGCUGUUCAAGAAACUUUGCUUGAAGUUGGAUGCCCUUUCUCACUUUCACUUCACUCCAAAACCUGUUAUUGAGGAUAUGUCUAUACAGGCAAAUGUCCCUGCCCUUGCCAUGGAAGAGAUUGCACCUCUGGCUGUUUCUGAUGCAGCAAUGUUAGCUCCUGAGGAAGUAUUUUUGGGCAAAGGUGACAUUAAAGAAGAAGCAGAACUUACGCAAGAGGAAAGAAAAAGGAGACGAGCAAACAAGAAAAGAAAAUUCAAAGCUGAGACAGAAAAAAAGAUGGCAAAUAAGCCCCGGGAUAAAACAUUGCCAAACCCCAAUGAUGCUGAAGUAGCAAAGAAGGCCCGGGAUGGCACGUAGCUUAACCAAAAAAAAGUCAAAUCUUUGAUUCGGUGACUGAUUAUCAUAUGGCAUCUUGACCUUGGUGAUUAUCAUUCUUGAAAAUUGAAGGCAAUGAAGAGUUGUGAGAUAUUUGAAUUUACCAACUCGUGAGAAUUUCUAAGAGGAAGUUGUAAAGAGAUGAAAUAUUAUAAAAGAGUUAUCUGAAGAUCCACAGUUGUAUGGUGUCUGCUUGCUAAUUAUGAUAGAUUGGUUACAUUUACAGAAGCCCUAGGAAAGGAAUAUGGAAGGUAGUUGAAGCAUUGCUGACCGCAAUUUUGAUUUUAAUUUGGUAUUUAGCAGAUGAAAUUUUGGUAGUGUCAACAUGAUUUCAUGAUUGAUCUUUCAUACUGUAAUAGACAAAAUUGUGAAAUUAUUCCAGUCUGAUAAUGAAGUGGUAGUCAUUAUAAAGUACAUUACAUUU